AUGCCUGAUGCAGUUGCUACUCAUGUCGAUGAUUAUCUAUGUACAUCAUAUGAAAUGGAUUCAGAUAACCCGACUUAUAUAACUGCUUUUAACCCAGCAGCAACAUCAAAAGAUGCUCACCAUAUUUUACUUUAUGGAUGUACAGAACCAGGCAGUCAUCAAAAGAUUUGGAAUUGUGGUGAAAUGGCUUAUUCAAAUGAUAGUUCUAAAAAAAGUUACGAAACUGGACCAACAUGUGCUUCGGGUGCGACUAUUAUUUAUGCUUGGGCUUUAGAUGCUGAUAAGACUGAAUUACCAAAAGAUGUUGCUUUUAAAGUUGGCGUUUCAACACCUAUAAAAUAUCUCGUAUUACAAGUUCAUUAUGCCAAUAUAGAUAAAUUCAAAGCUGGUCAAUCUGAUCGUUCAGGUUUAAUUCUCACAACGUCACCUGUACCAUUAUCAAAGAGGGCUGGUGUACUGUUAUUAGUAACUGAUGGUGCAAUUGCACCUUAUUCACUUGAAGUAUUUGAAGUAGCUUGUGAAAUUAAAGACGAUAUUGUGAUGCAUCCAUUUGCUUUUCGUACUCAUGCUCAUAAACUUGGUCUUGUAAAUUCUGGAUAUCGAGUACGCGGUGAAGGUGAUGAUCAAGAAUGGACAGAAAUUGGUCGACGAUCACCUCAGUUACCACAAAUGUUUUAUCCAAUUCAAAGUGAUGUUCCAAUUAAACAAGGUGAUUAUGUUGCUGCAGCUUGUACAAUGUUUAAUUAUCAAUCACAUACUGUUAGAAUUGGUGCAACUGGAAAUGAUGAAAUGUGCAAUUUUUAUAUGAUGUAUUGGGUUGAUGGUGAUAAAAUAUUAGAAGAUGGUUUUUGUGCAAGUAGUGGACCUCCACAAUAUUAUUUUGGAUAUGAUCGAAAUUUAAACGUGGAUAAAAUUCCUGAAAAUGUAUUCCGUAUUCCACCACCACCAAAUGGUCCAGCUCCUGGUGAACCUUUACAGGGAGGCCAUCAUAUGACAAUGCAACAUAAAACAAAUCCACGGUGUAUUGUGGCAAUAUGUCAAGCUGCAUGGGUUCGUGUAUGGGAAGAUAAUUUCGAUUGGAAUGGUGGUGUUGAUCUUAAUAAAUGGGAUUUCGAUGAAGGUGGUCAUGGAUGGGGAAAUAAUGAAGAACAAUUUUAUACACGAAAUCGACAGGAAAAUGCUCGUUGUGAACUUUUUCCAGGUAGUGGAAAUGGUCGUUUGAUCAUUGAAGCACGUAAAGAAAAUUAUGGUAAUCGUCGAUUCACUUCAGCUCGUUUGAAGAGUAAAGCUGCAUGGACAUAUGGUCGUUUACAAAUUCGUGCUAAACUUCCAACUGGUCGUGGUCUAUGGCCAGCACUUUGGUUGUUACCUCGAGGAUCAGUUUAUAGUGCUAACUAUUGGCCAGAUAAUGGUGAAAUUGAUUUAAUGGAACAAGUUGGUUAUGAUCCACUCCGUAUUCAUUCAACCGUUCAUACAAAAGCUAAUAAUCAUAUGUUAGGUAAUCAUCCAAGCCAUUCUGUUAUUGUUGGUGAUGCUACAUCAAAUUUUAAAAUUUAUACACUUGACUGGAAUGUUGAUAAAAUUGAAAUGUUUGUUGGUGAUGAAGGUAAUCCAUUUCAAACAAGAAUUUUUAUUUGGAAUAAACAUGGGGAUUGGACUACAUGGCCAUUUGAUCAACCAUUUUUUGUUAUUCUUAACAUUGCUGUUGGUGGUUUCUGGGGUGGUUCACAAGGCAUUGAUGAAAACAUUUUUCCACGUCGAAUGGAAAUCGAUUGGGUUUACUAUUAUCAAUGGCGUUAA